AUGGGUGCUACUGGGAAUAACAUAUUUGAGCGAGUUUUCAUAGCUUAUGGGUGUUGUAUAGAGGGUUUCUUAACUGGUGGUAGGCACAUAUCGUAUAUGGAUGGAACUCACCUAAGUGGACCAUAUAAUGGAACAUUGCUGUCAGCAUCGGCUUAUGAUGCGGACAAUGAAUUGUUACCAUUUGCAAUUGCCAUUGUAAAGAGGGAAACAUAUGAGGAUUGGUCAUGGUUUCUGCAUGUGAAGGAGAACUUCAGUGCAGAACUAGUUAAAGCAAACAGAGGCAAGAGAAAGACAAGUAAGUCCAUGAAGGAAGAUGGGUUGCAAUUGCUUGAUAAUAUCGCAUAUGCAAGGCUUAAUGGUGAGUUCGAUAAGGCAAUGGACCACAUGCAUUGUUUCUCUCCACAGUUAUUCCAGUGGCUCAAUACUCAUGGAGAUGUGGAAAAAUGGGCAUUGAGUAAGUUUCCAUAUCGACCGUGGGACAAUAUAACUACAAACCUUGCCGAAUCAUUUAAUACUUGGUUGAUAAAGGAAAGGAGGCACAACGUUACACAGUUUAUCCAUAAGCACCGUGAGAAGGUAGCCAAAAAAAUGUAUGCAGCUAGUGUGACAAUGGGUAGAUGGAGAAAUGGAAUAGGACCAAAUAUUGAUGAACACGUAAAGAAAAAUGUUGCCCUUGCUGAACAUAUGUUGCCUGAACCGUAUGGUGGGGGCAGGGUUGUUGUCCACACAUCCCAUGGAGCCUUGCGUGUUGAUCUCGGUGCAUACACAUGUAGUUGUGCAGCUUGGCAAAUGUCGAGGAUCCCUUGUCCACAUGCUUGUAUAGCCAUAAAGUCCAUGCAUGGAAAUGUCUAUGACUUUGUUGAAAAUUACUACAAGAUCACAUCCCAAGAAAAGAUUUACUCCCGCUGCAUGAUACCAGUGGUCCCCAUUGACAGGCCUGACCCAAAUACCAUUUUGAUGGAAAAUAUUUCAGAGCAAAUUUUUCUGUUCCCACCUCAGACUAGUCGACCUGCUGGAAGGCCAAGAGCUAACAGACGCGAAUCACAAUUCUAG